AUGCUAUGCUGUUCAAAUGCAAAAAAAAUAAAAACAUCACAAUAAAAAAAUGAUAAUAAAUUGCAAGCUCAUACAAAUUAAUAAGAGGAAUCUCUUAAUGUAAAUGAUGAAGCUUGCACAUUUCAUACUACAAUAUAAGUUCAGCAAUUUAACACCAUACAGACUUAUAAAAUUACUUUGGAUCACUAAACUAUCAGUAGAUCAAAUAGUCGUGGAAACAAUGAUCAUGUUGCUUAAUUUGUAUUUGUUUAACCGGUUAGAAAAACACCUUUUAUUACUUUUAGAAAAAGGGGAACUGAUUCCUCAACCAAAUAUCUAUCAACUAAGCAAGGAUAUACUUUACUGGUAACAAGUCUUUCGAAUUGA